AUGACAACCCGUGACUGCAGCCACCAGGCUCUCGUUUCAACCCAAGCCCGACCUGCAUAUUCCUUCUGUCAUACCACCGGAUGCUUGAUAAUCGAACAAUCGCUGGAAAUAAAGCUGACCAAAAAAUCAGGCUCACACGAUGACAAGAAGAGAUGUUUGCUUGAUCUACGAAUGACUGAUCCUAAGCUUGACAAAGCGCGAAUUGUACAAGCCAAAGGUGGCUUACGUGAAGAGUCGUACUGCUGGAUUUUCGAGAACGAAGACUUCAAACAAUGGAAGGAUACCGAAUCCGAUUCACGGUUCCUCUGGAUUAAAGGUAAUCCGGGGAAGGGGAAGACGAUGCUUCUAGCAGGCAUCAUCGACAAAUUGAACACCGAACCAGGAAACUUUGGCCAGAUCGCAUACUUCUUCUGCCAAGGGACCGACGGUCGAAUCAAUAAUGCCACAGCUGUCCUCCGCGGGCUUAUAUAUAUGCUUGUCAAACGCCAAGAGUCAUUGUUGACGCACGUAUGGAAAGAGUAUGAGCAUGCUGGAAAACAGCUCUUCGAAGACUGUAAUGCGUUUACUGCCCUCUCCCGCAUUCUGCACACCAUCCUUGCAGACUCUAGUAUGAACGAGACUGUAUUAGUUAUCGAUGCGCUAGAUGAAUGCGUCACGGAUCUUCACUUGCUGCUGGAUUUACUUGUCGACCUGUCCCAGCAAAAUGUUAGAUGGAUCGUCUCCAGCCGAAACUGGCCCGAGAUAGACGUUCUUCAUGAUGCGGCACAGAAACUUGUCUUGCGCCUGGAGUUGAACGAUGCCAGCAUCUCACAAGCCGUCAAACUCUUUAUCAAUUUCAAAGUCCGUACUAUCUCGACACGCAAAGGAUUGAACACCGAUACAAAGCUAGCUAUCCAGAGAUAUAUGGAGUCGAACUGUAACGAAACGUUUCUUUGGGUAGCUUUGGCUUGUCAACUGAUCGAAGACCCAAAACUACCAGGCUGGGAAAUCCUCGUAAAACUGAGGAAAACCCCGGCAGGUCUGGAAAACAUAUAUCGACGGAUGUUGGAUUACACCCUUGGUUCACAUUGCAAGGAAGACUGCAAGCAAAUAUUAAAACUCACGCUCACUGCGUAUCGACCUAUGACGCUAGACGAAUUAUUAUCUCUCUGGGAGCCGUCCGAGGACACGCCAUUCGACAAACACAUACUGCAAGAGAUUGUUGAAAGAGCUGGAUCAUUCCUAACCCUGAAGGAUGACACAAUCUACUUCAUACAUCAAUCAGCGAAAGAUUAUCUCAUCGUGGAAGCAACAGAGGAACUUGAUUUCGUUAUACAUCUUCAACAUUAUCAUACUUUCAACAGGUGCUUGAUAGCUUUGAACCGUAACCUUCGGCGAAACAUCUAUUCUCUUGGCUAUCCAGGAUUUCCCAUUGAAGAAACUAGCGACAUCUGCAUCGAAGUAGCUCCGCUGCAAAUAUACGCCUCGGGCCUGACGUUUUGCCCUGAAAUCUUCCUCGAGAGUAUGUCAAAGAAACGGAGCGAUGCCCAGGACGAAAGAACAAAUAACGCAGCGCCAGCUGAGUUACUUAGCCACGCCCGCGAUGUUGUUCUGGGCGCGUACUCAACGGACCACACGCGGCUUGCUUGUUUGUCGAGCGAGGGCAAAAUUGCAAUCUGGGAUAUGGAGAGAGAGCAAGUUUCGAAAAAACUCGACGUUAACGUUCAUGGGUUCCCCAAACCAGAGAAGCUUGAUAAAGGAGCACUGACCUUUACAAGCGACAUCUCUACUCUGCUUUUAGCAUACCAUGGACGCAUUGGGAUGUGGAAUAUAGAUCGAGAAUCAUUCUCGCAACCAUUCGACAUAGGAAGCUAUUUUGUGACAAAAUGUCAUGUGUUUGGGCGCGAGGGCAAACUUCUGGCCACUGUUGAAACGGGGGUGGUAGAAAUCUGGAACCUCGGCGACAACCACAUGAUUCAACAAUAUACUCACCAGAACUUGGUGAAAGUCACGCAUCGAAUACCCAUCGCUUUUUCACACGACGGUAACAAGUUUGUCGUGAUAGAGGUUGGUCGAGUCGUCGUUCAUGACCUAGAAGACGGCGAAGACUUGUGCAUUGACACAGAUGCCAUGGGUUUUAAGACUUGCAUUGCCGCUCCUGUCUUCACGAGGACUGGUAAUAUCGGUGUGCCAUGCGAGAAUGGUAUUCACCUGUUGGCAGCGAAUGGGGCACACCUGGGAACGUUUGACGUGAAAGCGCAUGGAGGUUUCUGUUUUUCCGCCGAUGAACUGCAGAUUGCAGCUGUUGUUUCACAGUCUUUUUCAGCAUGUGAAAUUGGCAUUUGGGAUGCUGACCUACUGCCCACCAAGACUGAUGAGGAUGUCGAGCAGUGGGAUUACACACCAGACUGCUUCAUAUCCAGAAAUGGAUGUCAGCUUGCACUUGUUUCACCGGACAAGAUAAGCAUUUGGAACACUCAAUCCGGCUUACUUGAAAAAUCAUUCAAGACGCACGGGUUGCUCUCUGUCCGCUUCUCAGAAGAUUUCCGGUGGUUUGCUUGGAAAGGGCAUGGUGAUAAUGUCCUUCGCUUUUGGGAUACUUUGAAAGACGAGAUGGUUAUGGAAAUUAACCUGAGUGCGAGCCUGCGGCUACAUAAGCAAGUGUUCUUUUCGCAUCCAGACUUGAAUCUGGUGGCAAUCUGGUCAUUGAACGGCGAGAUUACUAUUUGGGAUUUGCUUUCGCGAUCACCUAGAUCCCAUGUUUCUAGUGAAGAAAUAAAACAGCACUACACCUUUAAGGUUGAUAACGAAGCUUUUGUUUUUUUCGCUGUUGACUGA